UCUUGAUAUUGCAUAUCUGUCUAGGAAGACAUCGCUAUAUUCUACUUUACGCGCCAGGUUUCUCUUGUGAAUGAGCCAUCUACUAGGUCUCACUCCCUCGUCCACUUACAGAACACCUCCGAACCCACUUAAGCAUGGCUGAAGACGACGAUAAGGACAUCCUCGAUGCGCUGGAGCGAGAAUCCAAGGAAUUCGAUAAGGAUGCCGAGAUUGACAGAAUCCUCAACGCCUUCCGACUCGACGCAUAUGCGGUCCUCGACCUCCAACCCGGUGUCCCCGAAUCCGCAAUCAAGCUCACCUACCGCAAAAAAUCCCUCCUCAUCCAUCCAGACAAGACCUCCAACCCCCUCGCCCCAGACGCCUUCGACCGCCUCAAGAAAGCGCAAACCGAACUAAUGGACGAGAAGCUCCGCGAGCGGCUCGACGAAGCGAUCGCCGACGCGCGCAUGCUCCUCAUGCGCGACCGCAAGCUCACGGUCGACAGCCCGGAAGUCAAGGAUCCGGACGCGGAGUUCCGCAAGGCGUGGCGCGAGAAGACGAAAAUGGUGCUGAUGGACAACGAGGUGCGGCGGCGGAAGCAGCUGAAGGCGCAGAUGCAGGAGGAGGGGCGGGAGCAGAAGAAGGAGGAGGAGGAGAUCGCGGAGCGGAAGCGGAAACGGGAGCAUGAGCAGAGUUGGGAGCAGACGAGGGAGAAGCGGAUAGAGAGUUGGCGGGACUUUCAGAAGGGGAAGCCGAAGGAGGGGGGGAAGAAAAAGAAAAAGCUGAAGGUGCUGGGGUGAUAGGGAGCGUUUUGCUGGUUACUUGCUUUGCAUGGCGAUGGGCGCUUGGGGGCUCGUUCCUGUGGAGAACGAUAAGUUUUCCUCGUGGACUUAGAGCCAACAUAGACUCGUGACGUCUCAAUGGUUGAGACGAUCGCGGUAUCAUUCAUGGAAGUCUCAUGGACAAACCAUAUGAGGUUUUGCUAGGAGUAAUUCCUACCGCUCCCUCUACUGAUGUGAUAGUACGCACGUGGAAGUUAUCAGGGAUAUUGAGGUUGGGUUCCCAAGCUUGACUAUACCUCGCAUGUGCAGCUACACUAAUAUACAAGAGGAUGACAUCCCGUCGCAAUAUUUACACGGAAUAGGUCUGCGAU